AUGGAUCGGAUGAACCAACGUUCCGCGAUGGCCUACUGGAAAUUGUCGACGAUCGUCGUGGUGUUUGUUGGCGUCACGUCCUACCUGUCUGUGCGAGCACACGAGAGCUCGAAGCUACCAAGAGAGCACAUUUUGAAGUACUCGGAGCUUCUCCGCGAGGCCGCGAGAGCAAGCAUACAGUCCACACAAGACCAGCACCCCGUUCAGAGUUUUAUCGAUAGCUCCAAAGCCAUGUGUGCCGUGAACAUCGUUUCCGAGUUUCUCACCCCACACCAGGUAAAGCACAUCAUGAAUGUCGACAUUGCCGAGAUGAAGGAGUUUAUUUCCAAACAGCAUGAUGACGCGACCAGCGUCCUGGUUCAAGCACGAGCCUGA